UUUGUAAAAUUUAAAUCAAUAUUUUCAGAUGAGUAUGGGGAACACACCAAACAAAAGUAAAAAUGAAAAAGAGAAUCCGCCGGUUGAGAAUCCAGCCCAUUUUGGCGGAGGGGCGUAUCCUCCGCCAGCUGCAGGAGGGGCGUAUCCACCACCCCCUGCAGGACCCCCGCCAGCCUACUCCCUAGACGGACAUACUACUAGUGCUAGUGCACCAGCAUACUGGGAAAAUGAGGCCCCUCCAGCGUACAGUAAUAAUCUUACUGAUGGUUCAUCAUCAACAGUACAGUACACAGGAUGUAUUGAGCAGCAAAUGUAUCAGCAGAAGUAUUUAAAGCAGCAUGCUGCCGCUUUUCCUGAGGUAGCACCAGCUGUUGGUGUUGUUCAUGCUCAAUUCGAUGCGGGAGCUAGAUUCAAUAAGACCUCUCCUCCCUCCCUUCCUCCACCACCCCCUGGAGUACCACCUACUCCUGCUCAGUUGGCUGCUAUGAAGGGCGGAACUGUGGUAAUGACUCAAAAAAAGGAAACUUUUUUGAGUGGCACCGGGUCUGGAGGAACAACAUUCUGGUAGACAUAAGAUUUUUCUGUUUGAUAUCCGAUUUUUCUGUUAGAUAUUAGAUUUUUCUG